UCCUCCCUCCUCUCCCGGCCGCUCGCAUUUCCUGCCGCCCGGGCUCUCGCGGCCCCGGAAAGUUCUGCCCAACUUUUUCUCCCCCAGGCGAGCGGGCGCUGCGGGCGCAGUCCCGGGGCAGGUUGCCUCGCGGCUUCUCGCUCCGCUGCCGGCCCUCCCGGCUGAGGUCCUCGGGGAGCCGCAGACACCCAGUGGCCGCGGGCGGCCCCUCCCCUCCCAGCUCACCCAUCCUCCCGGGCCUCCUGGCCCCGGCCCCCCUCCGGCGGGACAACCCCGUGCUGAGGUGGUUCUCCUUUUCUCCUUGUCGGUGCGCCGGGAUCGCAGCGGAAACCUCCCUCCCCUUUCGCCUCCUCCGGCUCCUUCCCUCCGCCCCUCCUCCGCCAGCCACUGGAAUCAAUUCCUUAGGGAAUUGGGGCUCUGCCGCCGCCGCCGCGGAGGACAGCCUUUCGCGCGGGACUCCAGGGCACCGACGGGGCCAUGUAAGCAGCGAUCCUCCGGAGGGCUGCGCUGGGCAUGGACACCUCUCUCGGCAUCUGGAGGAGCACGUGCCGUAGUGUCGUCACCCAGUCACGAAGCUGCUAAGGCCGUCUCAGGGGCGUGGGCGCCAGGAAGGGAAGGCGGCGUCGGGGGGCCACAUCGCCAUGCCUUUCGGCCUGAAGCUCCGCCGCACGCGGCGCUACAAUGUCCUGAGCAAGAACUGCUUUGUCACGCGGAUCCGCCUGCUGGACAGCAAUGUGAUCGAGUGCACGCUGUCGGUGGAGAGCACCGGGCAGGAGUGCCUGGAGGCCGUGGCCCAGAGGCUGGAGUUGCGGGAGACGCACUACUUUGGCCUUUGGUUUCUCAGCAAGAGCCAGCAAGCACGAUGGGUGGAGCUGGAGAAACCUCUGAAGAAACAUCUGGACAAAUUUGCUAAUGAGCCUCUGCUUUUCUUCGGAGUCAUGUUCUAUGUGCCAAAUGUGUCAUGGCUUCAGCAAGAGGCCACAAGAUAUCAGUAUUACCUGCAAGUCAAAAAAGACGUGCUUGAAGGGCGGUUGCGGUGUACGUUGGAACAGGUGAUCCGGCUGGCUGGCUUGGCUGUGCAAGCUGAUUUUGGAGACUUCCAUCAGUUUGAUUCUCAAGAUUUCCUCAGAGAAUAUGUGCUGUUUCCUAUGGAUUUGGCCCUGGAAGAGGCCAUUCUGGAGGAGCUGACACAGAAGGUGGCCCAGGAACACAAAGCGCACAGUGGAAUCCUGCCAGCAGAAGCUGAGCUCAUGUACAUCAACGAAGUGGAACGUUUGGAUGGAUUUGGACAGGAGAUCUUCUCUGUGAAGGACAACCAUGGAAACAGUGUGCACCUGGGCAUUUUCUUUAUGGGGAUAUUCGUGAGAAACAGAAUUGGAAGACAAGCAGUAAUAUACAGGUGGAAUGAUAUCGGGAAUAUCGCUCACAACAAGUCUACUAUUCUGGUGGAGCUCAUCAACAAAGAAGAGACUGCCCUCUUUCACACGGACGAUAUUGAAAAUGCCAAGUACAUUUCUCGGUUGUUUGCUACACGGCACAAGUUUUACAAACAAAACAAAAUCUGCACUGAACAAUCAAAUUCUCCACCCCCCAUCAGACGCCAACCCACCUGGAGCCGAUCCUCUCUGCCCCGACAGCAGCCGUACAUCUUGCCUCCCAUGCACGUCCAGUGUGGGGAACACUACUCGGAAACGCAUACUUCACAAGACAGCAUUGUCCCCGGGAAUGAAGAAGCCUUAUACCGCAACUCUCACAACAGUCUGGACUUAAACUAUCUAAACGGCGCCAUCACCAAUGGCAGUGUGUGUAGUGCUCACAGCGUCAACUCUCUCAGCUGCUCCCAGACGUUCAUCCAGGCCUCUCCCGUGUCCUCCAACCUCAGUAUCCCGGGCAGUGACAUCAUGCGGGCGGACUACAUCCCUAGCCACCGGCACAGCGCCAUCAUCGUGCCAUCCUACCGGCCAACGCCUGACUAUGAGACAGUCAUGCGGCAGCUGAAGAGGGGGGUCAUGCACGCGGACAGCCAGAGCCAGUCUCUGCGAAACCUCAACAUCAUCAACACGCAUGCCUACAACCAGCCAGAGGAUCUGGUGUACAGCCAGCCCGAGAUGCGGGAGAGGCACCCCUACACCGUCCCCUAUGGGCCGCAGGGAGGCUACAGUAACAAACUCGUCAGUCCGUCUGACCAGAUAAACCCAAAGAACAACAUGGUGCCGAGCAAGCCAGGGGCAAGUGCCAUCUCCCACACGGUGAGCACGCCGGAGUUGGCCAACAUGCAGCUGCAGGGCACCCAGAACUACAACACGGCCCAUAUGCUCAAAAACUAUCUCUUCAGGCCGCCACCCCCCUACCCGCGGCCGCGCCCGGCCACCAGCACCCCGGACCUUGCCAGCCACCGCCACAAGUACGUCAGCGGCAGUAGCCCUGACCUGGUGACCCGCAAAGUGCAGCUCUCAGUGAAGACCUUCCAAGAGGACAGCUCGCCGGUGGUGCACCAGUCUCUCCAGGAGGUGAGCGAGCCCCUCACGGCCACUAAGCACCAUGGCACGGUGAAUAAGCGCCACAGCCUGGAGGUGAUGAGCAGCAUGGUGCGGGGCAUGGAAGCCAUGACCUUGAAGUCGCUCAAUAUCCCCAUGGCUCGCCGAAACACGCUCCGGGAGCAGGGACCCCCCGAGGAGGUGUCGGGGAGCCACGAGGCUCACCAGCUCCCCCAUUACCACCACAAGAAGACUUUCUCGGAUGCCACCAUGCUGAUCCACAGCAGUGAGAGCGAGGAGGAGGAGGAGGAGGAGGCCCCGGGAUCGGUGCCCCAGAUCCCCGUGCUCCGGGAGAAGAUGGGCUACAGUGCCCAGCUACAGGCAGCCUUGGCCCGGAUCCCAAACAAACCCCCACCCGAGUACCCUGGCCCAAGGAAAAGUGUUAGCAAUGGGGCGCUGAGGCAAGACCAGGUCAGCCUGCCUCCUGCCAUGGCCAGGGCCAGGGUCCUGAGACACGGGCCGGCCAAGGCCAUCAGCGUCUCCCGAGCUGACCAGCUGGCCGUGGCUGGGCCUUCCCUCGGUCCAUCUAUCUCGGAACCCGACCUGACGAGCGUGAAGGAGCGGGUCAAAAAAGAGCCUGUGAAGGAGAGACCCGUGUCCGAGAUGUUCUCCCUGGAAGACAGCAUUGUAGAGAGAGAGAUGGCCCUCAGGAAUCUAGAGAAGCAGAAGAUGGCAAGCCUGGAGGCACAGAAGCGGCCGCUCAUGUUGGCAGCAUUGAAUGGACUCUCGGUUGCCCGGGUCUCAGGGCGGGAAGACAGUCGAGCUGAUGCCACCCGAGUUCCCAUGGACGAGAGGUUCAGAACCCUGAAGAAAAAGCUAGAAGAGGGCAUGGUGUUCACAGAAUAUGAGCAGAUUCCAAAGAAGAAGGCCAACGGCAUUUUCAGCACGGCCACUCUGCCCGAAAACGCCGAGCGAAGCCGCAUCCGUGAAGUGGUCCCCUAUGAGGAGAACAGAGUGGAGCUGAUCCCGACCAAAGAGAAUAACACAGGUUACAUUAAUGCCUCCCACAUCAAGGUGGUGGUUGGUGGGGCAGAAUGGCACUACAUAGCUACUCAGGGGCCCCUGCCACACACAUGUCACGACUUCUGGCAGAUGGUGUGGGAGCAGGGAGCGAACGUGAUCGCCAUGGUCACUGCAGAAGAGGAAGGCGGAAGAACCAAGAGCCAUCGAUACUGGCCCAAACUGGGUUCCAAGCACAGCUCGGCCACCUACGGCAAGUUCAAGGUCACCACAAAGUUCCGAACAGAUUCUGGUUGCUAUGCAACCACAGGCUUGAAGGUCAAGCAUCUUUUGUCUGGGCAGGAAAGGACAGUGUGGCAUUUGCAGUAUACGGACUGGCCAGAUCACGGCUGCCCAGAGGAUGUCCAAGGAUUUUUAUCCUACUUGGAGGAGAUCCAGUCGGUCCGGCGCCACACCAACAGCAUGCUGGAAGGCACCCGGAGCCUGCACCCCCCGAUAGUUGUCCACUGCAGCGCUGGUGUGGGGCGGACCGGCGUGGUCAUUCUUUCUGAGCUGAUGAUCUACUGCCUGGAGCAUAAUGAAAAGGUGGAAGUGCCCAUGAUGCUGCGGCUCCUCAGGGAGCAAAGGAUGUUCAUGAUCCAGACCAUCGCUCAGUACAAGUUUGUCUACCAAGUCCUCAUCCAGUUCCUCCAAAACUCCAGACUCAUUUAAAACCCCCACCCCAGCUACUGGAAGAGGGACCCAGCUCCAUCUUGCUGAUGGGGAGGCACCUCCAGACAACAUCUGCUCCCCCAGCAGGGCGUGGAUGGCCAGAGCAGGCAGGUCAUGGGCUCCCUGAAGACAGGAGCCAAGAUUAUUCACAAACAUCAUAUAUUAUUUUAUAUGAGAUAAUUUAUUUUUUUUCCCCUUUUGGAUAACUUCUGUGAAUCAUUGUAAUUCAGUUUUCACAAUAAUAUAGUACUUUUCAUUUGAACCAUAUUUUGACUGAUCUGCAUUGUAAAUAUGUCAGUAGGGAAGAUUGCCUGGUGGAUCGUUUGGGGGACAGAGGCAUAAAGGGAACACAUCUCUAGUGAAGUUGCAGCCAGAUUAGUAACCGACCCUGAAAUUCAUCAGCCUGAUCGCUCACGUCCAAAUCUAAGAUGGCAAGAAAAUGAAUUCAUUCUAAAAUAAAAGGAUAAGGGCCAAGGCCCUUCCCUGAAGGAAAAAAACAAAACCAAACCCACUAUUCUCUUCUAUUUGGGGGCUCCCGAGCCUUGAUGGCCUCCCUUCUUCCUUUCUGCCCUCACCCUCAGCAGCUCAAGGUAAAGACAGGAACAGCUAGAGGAAAUGCUGCCUAUCACCCAGGCUGAGCCAGGAGCUCUGUAUUGUACCUUUCUCAACACUCCUUCCUUUGGACUCCGGAGCCUCUGUUGCCUGCCGGGCACUGCACCCUUGACAUUUGCUACUUACCGCUCCCUGUUUGCUCAGUGGGCCCCCGUCUGGUGGUCUUUGGGGCUCCGGGCCAGGCCAUCUGUGCAGCUAGGCCUCCUGCCUGAUUAAGAGAGGAUAAUGGACCCGAGUAGGAAGAGAAAGGAGCCGGGCAGGCCCUUGAUACCGUUUCUUAUUUAAAUAGGAUGUGUGUGCUGGGUGGGGGCCUGAAGGUCGAGGUGCUGGGUACAUUCUGUCUUUCCAUCAGUCACCGGGUCAUUGGAAAAGCUGUAAAGGGAACAGUUGGGAGAGCUGAUUGACGGGGGCUGUUUGGCACUCAGGUGGCAGGGCCCUGGCCAGGAAGCGCACCGAGUACGAGCCCCCCUCCCCGCUGUGCAGCUCUCACUGCACGCUUUGGCCUGCAAGAGCAGACCUAAGCCCACUCAGGACCCUGUCAUCCACAUUUUGGCCACUGGAUGCAAGGUGCGGGGAUUUGUCUCGCACGAAGCCCUUCACUGCUUCCCUGUUCUCCAUGCACCGCCCCCCCCACCCCCCCCUUCUGGGCACUUGGCAGCUUCUGUGUCUCUUCCUGAACCUACGCUGGUCAUUGUCCUCAACUUCUUAAGGUCAGUACACAGUAAAUCAUAUUCCACACGAUUUUCCUCUGGCUGAAUUUUAGGGACUUUGCCUCUCUCUUGUCUAGUUCUUCUUGAAUGCAGCUUGUAAACUGUGGUUUUGUUCUUAGAAUUGACAUUUGUGGGUGUCCCCUUAUGUAAGCCUUCCUCCGCUGCUGCCCUUUUUGUUUUGCUUUGUUUUUGCUGAGCUGAAAAUGUUAAGAGUGGCAUCAGGUCAGCCAGAAAGAGCGAGCCUGUGUGACAUCCAGUUACCACACAGCCACAGAGGGGUGUGGAAGCAGAUUCCCAGUGAACUACUUUGGAAUGGGAAUCCACUCAGUUUCACAUCUGGCCAGGGGUUGUGGUGGCGGUUCUCUCAUUUAGACUCAGAGUAUCUGGUGAGGAAGGGCCUCCUCUCUUCUACUCUGAAGUCUGAAGAAACAGUCAAGGAGGGUAACUUCAAUUAAGCUCUCGAGAUCAUGGAAUUUGGGUGUGUGUUCUUGAAAAGAAAACCAUGAGUAUGACCUAUACUUUGAAUGGCAUCACCAGAAGAUGCCCAGAACUUAGAUCAUCGACAGGCAAAGAGGUAUCGGUUUUCUUUCCUCAGACACUUUUCCACCCUUGGGAUAGUCUGCUGUUUGGGAUGUUUUCACAGUUGGUCUGCAGUUACUGGCUUAUCUGAUGAACAACAUCGGUAUUUCUCUUUCAUCUCUUAGGCCCCAACGUGGCCACUGGGAAAAUCGAGUCUCACAUGGGCAGCAUGUAGAGCCGCUGUCUCCUUGAGCUCAUCACACGCGCACUUCGUUUCAGCCUGUCCGCUGUUGUCGCUUUGUGCUACAGGAAUGGUGGUUCGUGCACACAAUGCGGGGAAGAAGUAGCUUUGCUGUCCAAUUGCCUAGCCAAAGUUGCUAUCGAAACCCAAAGGAAACCACUUAAAAGUUACUCCACAUAUUUCAUUUUUAAAAACAAAUGUUUUCAGUUCUGUCGCGCAUUCUGCGUUCCUUUUCCUCGUCUCCAGAGAACGCCAGCACGUGCUUGUGAGGUUAGCAGCAGGCGUCAAACGUCCUUCUAGUGGCAUCUGCGUAAUAAUCACCCUGAGAUGCUUUAUAUCUGGGAAGCAAGCCAAGGAAUAAACCUUGAAGCAAAGUGUAUUAAAUUGGUUAUCUAGUUAGAGCUUCUGGGAUGAGCUCCUGAUGAUGUAUCAAGUCUAAAGCUGGAACUGUCGGGGUCUAUUUUUUUUUCCUGUUUGGAUUUGAAGAGAGAAAAUUAAAACGGGUGGCGGGGAGAGAUACCAUCUCGCAGCAAAGCCAUUCAACACUUUGGGGCCUCUGGUUUGGAAGUUCUCCAGUUGACAUGUUUUGUUUCUUUGAUCUGCACUCAUUCGGGCACAGGGACCCAGCGUUUGUCCUUGUUUACCGUGGUCCCUGGAUGGCGGGGGCUGAGUCUGAUGUCUUCAUCCUUGAGCAGAGCUGAGCUGAGCCUGCUGACGAAGCUGAGCCGUGGCUUGCUGAGAUUAUUGGCUCCCUUGGGCUCUAAGGAGACACCACCUUUGGUAGCAUUUUCGUUUACACACACCUCUUUCCAUGGAUAGGAGGUAAAGGAGGAUUUGGCGGCAUUAGAGAGGGAUGCCAAAUGUUGAUUUCCUUACAGAGAGGAAAGGAAUGAGCUUCUCCUCUCAGUGGGUGGGGAACAGUAAGAUGGGGAAGGAGGAAAACAUCUCCACAUGGAAUAUUUUGAGCACUAUGCUUCCAAGGAGCUUAAAUGGAGAGAAUUUUACUUUUACAAACUUUAUGAUCCUAGAUUUAGGUUAAGAAGAAGAAUUACGAUUUAUCUAUGAUUUAUUUCUUUUUUCUAUGAUUUUUUUCUAUGAUGUAUCUCUCAUUGCUUGCGUGAGACUCACGUGGCCAUCUUUGGCCCCUUCUUCCACCAGCCUGGUCAGAGGGGCUCUGUGGGCCCUGUCGAAAGGGUUCCUGUGGGACCUGACCACCGGUUUCCCUAAUACUCAUUCAUCCUUUAUCCUGUCUACUCUUAGCUUCUGAGGUUCAGUUUUAAACUCCAGAGGGUUCAGGAGGUGAGCAUUUUUAUCCAGCUGCCUACUUCUCUCACCUUUCCAGCUUAAUUACAGGUUGACCAUAGGAAAUUGACAAUAGCUGGACCAUUGUUUGUUACAGUGACAGAAAAUUCACAUGAAUGAACCUAAUCUAUACAAUAUUUUUCUUCCCCCUGAUAUAGUAGGGUCCCCCACACACCAUAUGUCAUUUCUCCACACAAGUGCUAACAAACACAAAAGCAUGUGAAAUGAGCAGCUUGGCCUUGCUGUCAUGAGCUUUGCACUCAGUGUGUGGGUCAGCUCGUGGGGCUGGGAAGUCGCUCUGUGCGGAGAUGUCAGUACACCUAGAAGUUAGUACGUUCUCAUAGGCAGGCUUGGCCGUCAGGCAUGGCACUGUGGGGUUUUCAGCGGCCAUCUUUUUUUUUUUUUUUUUGGUGUACCAUCUGUGUUAGCCGAGCUUAGCCCAGUGCUUACGGCACAUGGUGUGUGGGCCUGAAGGUGUCCUCAGCCAGAAAGCAGAUGUGCUUUCAAAUCUCAUUCCUCCACUUCCAGUGAUGUGUUUGAUGGUGAAAGCAGGUACAGCUAUUGACUUUCUUUUUGGGGAGAUGUGACCAUCACUUUUGAGGUGGGGGUAGUUGGUCCAGGGAGCUGAGACACAAGGGGUGGGACUGGGUCAGACCCACAUUACUGUUAAUCUCUUCCUCCAUUUUGGCAAUAACUGUUGGGGUCCUAGAGGAGGGAAUUUCUGGAAGUACCAAGUAAUCACUGUUGGGAUCUUUAGGCAGCCCUGUGUGGGCAAUUCUGCUUCCUCACAUUUUACCGAAGACUCUUCUGCUGCUCUGUUUCAUUUUAUUCCUAUGUAUUUUAUCAGCUGCCCAUCAGGCUCGAAUUUAGUGAUUUCUUUUUGUGAACAAAGUAACCACUCAUCCAGUACUGCUUCCAGAUGGAGAAAUUUGGGUUUUCCAUAGACCCUGCACAAAUUUUCCAGUGGCCUACAGCAUUGUGGAUGACAAAUUAGUUGGCCCUAUAGGAUGGAAAUAAUCUUAGUUGGCCCUAUAGGGUGGAAAUCUCUAAGAUGUUAAAUUAUGUUUGAAACUUCCCUUGGAUCCCGUGCAAGAAAACUGACUGGCUCUUGUCUUUGCCUCAGCUCCUGAGACAUCUGGGGGCAAAAGACCUUAGUGAUGCAGUCUUUGGAAGUAACAGCAACAUGCCUGGGAGAGAUUGAGGGUAUAGCCAAUCAAAUCUUCCCAUCCAAAUGUGUUGCCCCAGAAGUCACUGUAAUUCAUGGAUCCCAUAAAACACAACAGCCAGCUUGCCUAAUAUGCAACCUUUAUCUUGUCUGAGCUCACAUUUUGCAUUUGGGUUAUGAACUCAGGUGGGCGAGCAUUUGUAUUCUGACUACCUUUCUUAUGUCUCAGCUUAGUACAGCUGCAUUUUCUGCAAGGUCAAACUAAAAAUGUUCCCUGUUAAAAUGUCUGUGAUCCUGGCAUAUUGAGUAUCUGGCAUCCAUCGAUUGCAUAAGACCGGAUAGUUUAUUGUUGUUUGGUGCAGUGAAGUGGGAGGAUGUGCAUCAGUUCCUACUGUGCAGAGCUUCGCUCAGCCCUUCUAUUUUAAAAAUAAAUUCAAGGACAUUUUGUUACAAGGCAGGAGGGCGAGAGCUGAUGUGCAGCCUGGCCAUGACGAGCAUCUGCGUAGAAAGUCCCUUUUUCUUCUGCGGUGCUUGGGGCCAUCAGGAUCGUUCUUUCCCAAAGAUGCCAUAAGCUUGCCCAGGGAAGUUAUAAACGGGAAGAGGAAGAGGGAGGGCAUUUUAGAGUAGCCCUAGAGUUGCUAUCAAAAACAUGUAUUGAUUCACAGAUAAUUUUCUGAGCUCUGGAACAUCUCAUGCUUUCUGCUUCCCUCUCCGUAAGGCCAGAGGGAUGGAAAGGACGUGGCGGCAGCCCAAGGAAAGCCCGGGCUGCAGGGUUGGGGUCUGUCUCAACCCUGGCUCACGGUUUUCAACGGGCCUCAGCGCUGUGGUAGAGCUGGCUGGAGGUCGGGGAUUCGGGUGUGGGCCCGGGCGUGCCGCCGCCCCUCGCCUGCUGGCAUCUUUGCCUUUCCUGGCGGCCUUAAUAGCAGGGGGUCCUGCCCACCCCCCUGGCCCCCGGCGUCCGCAGCCACAGCUCCCGCGCAUCGCCCUUCCCUCCCGCCGCCCCAGGCCAGUUGCUGAUGGCGUUCCCGUUGAUGGCGCAUCGUGGUUAUAAUCGGGGUGCAGAAACGGGGAGGACGUCGGUACAGCAACCGACCACAGUCGUUCCUUGUCUCACUGCAGGGCACGGGCAGGACUGUUUUGUGACAUCACUGUCUUCAUCCCAAGAGCACCUCGCUUGCUCAGGGCUCUGCUGACCUCUCCUUGUUUUACAUUUGCUUUAUGGCUCCGCUCUUCCUUGUCUUUCCUUUCCCUACCCUAGUUCAGUCUUGUCAUGGAGAAUCACUCUCUUAAGCCGCUCUAAAUUACAUAAUUAGGAAAUCUAAUUUUAAUUUUUAAAAGCUUAUAGAGUUUGAAGGAACAAGAUCUGGCGAAUGGAAAGAACCAGAAAGAAUGAAAAAUAGUGGGGCAUCUGGGUGGCUAAGUCAGUUAAGCGUCUGCCUUCGGCUCAGGUCAUGAUCCCAGGGUCCAGGGAUCGAGUCCCGUGUUGGGCUCCCUGCUCCGCGGGAAGCCUGCUUCUCCCUCUGCCUCUGCCCCCUCACCCCACUCGUGCUCUCCCUCUCAAAUAAAAUCUUAAAAAAGAAUGGAAAAUUGUCAGCAACCAAGAAGCUGCCCUUUGCCCGUUUUCCCCUUGGUGGUGGUAGAUAGACAUUGUCACUCCUCGGUACUGGAGGAAAUGAUGGAUUUGAUGAUCAGUCCCGUUUGAAACAAUGAUGGUUAGCAGUAGGUACUUUCUAUUUCUUUCGGUGAACUUCCAUGCAUUCCCAGUGGCUGCGUUUGGCAGGGUGACUUGGGUCAGAUUCAUUUGUAUUGAGCUUCCUCCUCCUGACCUGUUCCCUGGGGCAUGGCCUCUUCACCUGGCCGGGAUGGCACAGCAGGGAAAGGGCGGGGCGCGCGCCGGGAGCUGGGACAGGUCCUAUGGUGGCCAGUUCUGGGUUGUCCACCGGGAGGGGCGGGAGAAGCUGUUCGGCCACUGUGUACCUUGCCCUGUUGUUUCUCCCCAACAACCUCCUCCUGGGAAACCCUGAUGCCUUCUCACCUGACCGCCGGUUUCCAGGAGAAAGCUGAAAAGAGUGGAUUGGAGUCUUUUUGCGCCAUGGGGGGGUGGAACCGUUUUUGCUAAAAUCUCAGGAAUCCUGCUUUGAGUCAGGAUAGCUCUCAGAGCAGGGGUGCCUGGUGUUCUCUGCAUUUCUCAGGGGCCUCCCACCUCCCUCAGCCACAGUGUUAGCUAAUAGCCACCUUCCCCAGGGAGCUGAAAGCUGUAAUUCAGAGCCUUUGUUUUUUUUUUUCAGCGUGAACAUUGUAAAACGUUACUGCCAUUUCCUUUGGCUAAACUUUCUUGCCAGUUCGGAAUCUUAAAAAUCUAUUAACCAUAUACCUUUUUAAAAGUAAGGUUACUCUUCAUCAGAGAUGAUUUCCUGUGUCUGUCCUUUGUUCCUUCGAUAGCUGACAUGCUUCAGGAUUCUUAAAUGGGAAAAUGGAAACAGUUUACAUAUGCAGAUGACUCUUUAAACAUAUAACCUUAUAUAAAUCGUGUUACAUCAAAUAACAGGCCUAGUUUGUUUCACUGGACUUCUUGUUGUGUUACUUAACUCAGUAUUUUGAUGCUUUCCUUGUCUGUUUUAUAAAACGUGAAUUGUCGUAUCAUUCAAAACAAUUGACAUUUCAUAGGUUUCCUUUUGAAACAAUGUGCAGCCAAGUCCCCAGCUUAGACACCAGUUUGUUCUUAAGGUUCUUGGGUCAGCCCACAGAAGCCUUUGGGCUUCUAACAGAGCUGAAAUGUAAGGAUGGGUCAGCCCAGCGUGGCGGGCUGUUGUGAGCUGACCUGGAAAUGUAACCGGUUGCCUAGGAUGUUGUUGCCGUGAGUUACGCAUUCCAGGGUGGGACUGGGGAUCCUGACAACACCUCUGUUCUCCCUCCGUUGCUGCUUGCUACCUUGCAAGAUGCAAGUCCAGUCUCUUUACUACAAAACGGGGAUUGUAAGGGGAGAGAGGGAGUGAGAAGUUUAUAGGACAUUCCCUAUGUCAGGGAGUGAUUUAUUAAUAUUCAUGGCAACUUUAAUUUGGUAUAGACUCCCUCUCAAUAAUAUUCAAAGCCUUAAAUAAAACUAUGCAUGCUAUUCUAUGUGCUUUUUUUAUAUCAGUAAAUAAGCUUAUGCUUGCCAGUUUUAGACACAAUUAUGAGGUGUGUAAAACUGACUUUUGACAGUAUUUUUUGCACUGUUUCCUGUCUGUUUUUAUAAAGUCUUUAGAUAAUGGUCCCAGUUGCGUAUUGUUUGUUCUCACCGCCCUUGUCAUUGCUGUAAAAUGUUUCAUACGUGCCUUUACAAAUGUGAGAUCUUUAUUCUUUUUUGUAAAAGAUACCUAUUGACUUCCAUAUGCAAUAAACCUUUUUUUUUUUUU